AUGAAUCCUCAAGGCGAUACCUCUACAGCCACAGGUGCUCCCGACCGGGUGGACGAUGUCAAGAACGAUGUCAAGAUGCAAGAUCCCGCCAAACCUUCUGAUCCCAUCGAUCCCGCCGGCCCUGAUUUCCUCCAUCUCGCCGUCGAAAAGCGCAACAAGAUCUACCAUCAACUCCUCGACCCCAAGGGUACCAAGACUCUGAGCAUUGAGCCUCCAAAGUCCAUCAAGGCCAUCAACAAACUUCUCAAUAUCUCGCCACAAGUCAACUCCGAAGUCACCGCUCUGAUCGCUUCCGAGACCAAGGUUCGUGUCCAAGCUGGUCUCUACUACGACCUGAAGCUUGAACCUCACACUGUCGCAAUUCCCAGCAAGUCCACGAAGAAGAAGAGCAAGAAGAACAAGAAGCAGGAUAUAACCACCGCCGAACUCUCCGAUGAGCUCAAAUUCUGGAAGAUGGACAUCAUUGUCUUCACCGCCGAAGGUAUCAUCAGAGUCAAGGCAGAGAUGGACUUCAAGGACAAGACUGUCAAGGUCAGCCUCCCUGAUUUUGAGGAUAGUAUGGGCAUGUUCAGCUCCAAUUACUGCGACUAUCUCUUUGGAGACUUUGAAGAUGCAUUCCUCAAGCCCAUGAAGACCUUUACCGACAAGGAUGGCUUUGACGGCUUCGUGGUCAAAGAUGUUUCUGACUUGCUGCAUAAGAUUGAGAUGCCUUGUCCCAAGUACUUCUGGGAUGGUGACGAGUUGUUCGGUGAGGAUGAUGAGGAGUGGGAUGAGGAAGAUGAGUGGGAUGACUAUGAUGAUUAUGAUGACUAUGGGGAUGAGGGAGAGGGUGAAGGCUACGACGGCUUCGGCGAGGAGGACGAGGACGAGGACGAGUACAGUGAUGAGGAAGACUACUCUGAAGAGGUCGGAGAUGGAGAUGAGAAAGCCAGUGAGGAUGACGAUGGACAGCUUCUCAAGCCUGGUGGCAAGGUUGAAGUCAGGGCUGAAGACGCUAAAGCUGAGGACAUCAAGACUGAGGAAAUCAAGGCUGAGGUUGCCAAGACCGAGGACAUCAAGGCUGAUGAGGUCAAGGAUGGCGAGAAGAUCGAGGAUGAAGUAUCUGUCACUGCCGGUACUUAG